GGUUGGAGCUCCUCGGGAAAAGGCCUUUCCAUCCCAACAAGCCAACAGAACAGGAGGGUUGUACAGCUGUGACAUCGCAUCUCCAAAUACACGCUGCACACGUGUCAUAUUCGAUGAGGAGACUGACCCGAAGAUGGAGAGUAAAGAAGACCAAUGGAUGGGUGUAACUGUCCAAAGUCAGGGGCCAGGAGGAAAUGUGGUGACGUGUGCACAUCGCUAUGAGAAAAGGCAGUAUGUAAACACAGUGCAGGAAACCCGGGAUAUCAUUGGAAGGUGCUAUGUGCUGAGCCAGGAUCUCACUAUUAAGGAUGAUAUGGAUAAUGGAGUAUGGAGUUUUUGUGAUGGUCGUUUAAGAGGCCAUGAGAAGUUUGGCUCCUGUCAGCAAGGUGUUGCUGCUACUUUUACUAGAGACUAUCAUUACAUUGUGUUUGGUGCCCCAGGCACUUACAAUUGGAAAGGGGUGGUUCGCGCAGAGCAAAAGAAUCAGACAUUUUAUGAUCUGGGUAUCUUUGAUGAUGGGCCUUACGAAGUUGGUGAUGAGAGCCGCCAAGAUAAGAAUCUAGUUCCUGUUCCAGCUAACAGUUACUUAGGUUUCUCUUUGGACUCUGGUAAAGGAAUUGUCUCCCAAGAUGAGAUGACUUUUGUGUCUGGUGCCCCAAGAGCCAACCACAGCGGAGCAGUUGUUUUACUGAAAAAAGAGAAAAAUCAGAGAGCGCUUUCCCUUGAGCACAUGUUUGAAGGAGAAGGGCUGGCCUCCUCCUUUGGCUAUGAUGUUGCUGUUGUGGAUCUCAACAAUGACGGAUGGCAAGACAUUGUUGUUGGAGCCCCGCAAUAUUUUGACAGAAGUGGAGAUAUCGGUGGUGCUGUGUACAUCUACAUUAACUGGCAAGGCAAAUGGGGAGGAGUAAAACCUAUUCGCUUAAAUGGAACCACUGACUCCAUGUUUGGUCUUGCAGUUGAAAACGUUGGGGACAUUAAUCAGGAUGGAUACCCAGAUAUUGCAGUAGGGGCUCCGUAUGAUGGUUUUGGCAAAGUAUACAUUUAUCACGGAUCCACGAACGGAAUAAAUACAAAGCCAGCACAGAUUCUUGAUGGUGAAAAAACAGGCACCAGUUUCUUUGGUUACUCUAUUGCUGGAAACAUGGACCUGGAUAAAAAUUCCUACCCUGAUAUUGCUGUUGGUUCCCUUUCAGAUUCUGUAUCUGUGUUCAGAUCUCGGCCUGUGAUAAGCAUUAGAAGAAGCAUUACAGUACAGCCUGACAGAAUUGAUCUAAAGAAAAAGAACCCUGAGGACCCUAGUGAAAUAUGGAUGGAUGUGAAAGCAUGUUUUCAAUAUACUGCAAACCCCAGUGAUUUAAAUCCAAGAAUAAAGAUCAACUAUACAUUUGAAGCAGAAAACGAGAGGAGGCAGUUAGGCCUGCCGUCUAGGGUACGGUUUAAAGACCACCUGUCCGAUCAGUUUACUGCAAGUACAACCCUAAGGGGGCAGAACUCAGAAGAGUGUGUGACAACCAAGCUUGUACUGCAGGAAAAAAUUAAAGAUAAGCUACGCCCCAUUCCAAUAUCAGUCAGUGUUAAAAUUGCUGGCCUGGAGUCUAGCUCACCAUCCACAAGAAAAGAGAGAGCACUUCCGGAUCUUAUACCAAUUCUAAAUUCAAAUGAAUCUGAAACAAAGACCACAAAAGUGGAGUUCUUAAAAGAAGGAUGUGGAGAAGACAAUGAAUGUCACAGCAAUCUGAAACUUCAGUACCGGUUUUGCACUAGAGAAGGAAAUGAAGACAGGUUUACUUAUUUACCGAUUGAAAAUGGCAUGCCAGUGCUUGUUCUGAAAGAUCAGAAAGAUAUUGCCCUGGAAGUAACAGUGACAAACAAUCCAUCUGAUGCAAAAAAUCCACAAAAAGAUGGUGAAGAUGCAUAUGAAGCUAAACUAAUUGCAACUUUUCCAGACAGUCUGACGUAUUCUGCAUUCAGGGAGAUGAGGGGUUAUCCUGAAAAACAGCUAACAUGUGGUGCUAACCAAAAUGGUUCUCAAGCAGAGUGUGAACUUGGAAAUCCUUUCAAAAGAAAUUCCAACGUAACCUUUUAUCUGAUCUUGAGUACCACUAAAGUUAAUGUUGAUACAACAGACUUGGACAUUAAUCUCAAGUUGGAAACAACAAGCACUCAAGUUAAUUCGACUCCAAUUACAGCUAGUGCUAAAGUGGUUCUUGAAUUGCUUUUAUCACUCACUGGAGUUGCUAAGCCUUCUCAGGUAUAUUUUGGAGGUAGCAUCGUUGGUGAGAGCGCUAUGAAAUCUGAAGAUCAUAUUGGAAACCUCAUAGAGUAUGAAUUCAGAGUAACUAACUUGGGCAGACCACUGAAAACAUUUGGUACCGCUUCCCUGGACAUCCAAUGGCCGAAAGAAAUUAGUAAUGGCAAAUGGCUGCUUUAUUUGAUGAAAAUAGAUUCCAAAGGCUUGGAAAAAGUCUCCUGUCGACCCGAGAAUGAAAUCAACAGUUUGCAUGUUGCGGAAUCCCAUAACUCAAGAAGGAAACGUGAGGUUGCAGAGAAGCAGAUUACAGACAGCAAGACGUUUUCUUUAUUCUCAGAAAGAAAAUACAAGACCUUGGACUGCAAUGUGAAUGCACGCUGUGUGGACAUAAAAUGUCCCCUGAAGGGUUUAGACAGCAAGGCAUCUAUUGUGCUGCGUUCCAGGCUGUGGAACAGUACUUUCUUAGAAGAAUACUCCAAAAUGAACUACCUGGACAUUCUUGUUAGGGCUUCAAUCAGUGUUCCUGCUGCAGCUAAGAAUGUUAAACUCACAAACGAAGUUGCUCAGGUGCGUGUGACUGUCUUUCCUGCAAAACCAGUAGCACUUUAUACAGGAGUACCUUGGUGGAUCAUCUCGGUGGCUAUUUUUGCUGGAAUACUGAUGCUUGCACUGUUGGUAUUCUUACUAUGGAAGUGUGGUUUCUUCAAGAGAAAUAAGAAAGAUCAUUACGAUGCCACAUAUCACAAGGCUGAGAUCCAUGCUCAGCCAUCUGAUAAAGAGAGGCUUACUUCUGAUGCAUAGUAUUGAUCUACUUCUGUAAUUGUGCGGGUUCUUCCAGCGUUCUAGGUACGAAGACAGUGUCCCCCGAUAUCAUGCUGUAAGAAUUCGAAAAGAAGAGCGGCAGAUCGAAGAUGGGAAAUGCAAAGAUCUUGAGACAAAACAGUGGUUCACAAAAUGGAAUGAAAAUGAAAGUUAUUCUUAGGGAAAAAUUCUUUUCAUCCACAAAGUUCAGAUAGAGGUUAAGGUUUUCAUUAAUGGAAUACUGAUGGAGUCAGAGCUAUGAACAUUCACCAUUUGAUUGUAGAUAUUACUACUUAUAUUGAAGCUUUUGUUUGCACAGUUAAAAUUGCUUCAACAGACUUUAUUUGCAUUAUUUCAUUUCCAGACUGCCUCUUUCACCCUUCAAAUCUAACUCACACUUUAGAAGAUACUGUGUUGAUUUGGGGUCUUUUCCGCAAAAUAUGCAAAACCACUACAGCAGACCUUUUCCUGUGAUCCUAAUCUUCUUCCUAGGUAUGCAAGGAAUGCAUGGUCAAGACAGGUUCUCCAUCCUUCCCUCAAUGCAUAGUCCAUUAUAAACACACAGUGGCCUUAACACACUUUGUUCAAGUAUAAUCUGAAGACCUGCAAAUCUACUUUAGUCAUAAAACUUUGCCUGCUGCAGUAGUUAGGGCGUAACAAAAAGCAUCAUCUUAAAUUACAUGUGCAAUAGGUCACAUAUUGCUCGAUUUUUUAAAAGAUCAGAUUGUGUGAUUCUUGCUCACAUCAAAUAUACACAGGUUUUUUUUUUUUUAAAGAGAAGCUUGAAUAUUAGAUGUACUUUUUGUAUAUAUAUUUUUCAGUCAUUUUUGUAUUUAUUUUUGUUACAAAUCAUUGUCUUUGACUAACUAUUAGGCCAAAGACAUAACUGAACUUUCAAAUCCACUGUGUUUUUGAACUUCAGAUUAUGAGACCUGAGGCUUUCACUGCAUUUUAAUAAGUCACUGAAGGUGCCAAUGCUUUCUAAAAUGUAAAUAUUUAUUCCAGUGAUGUGUAUGGGGGCUUGUUUUGCCUGAUACUUGUAACUUUAUGUAAUAGGAAUUAUCAGGUCUUGUAACAUGAUUUGUAUAUUACUUCAGACUAUUUAACGAUUUGGACACCAAGCAGAAGUAGGGUUCUUAGAUACAGUUUUAUACUUACUACAAGAAAGCGAGAGGUUCUCUGGAAAAAGCUUUCCAGCUUCGUAAGGACUUCCUGUUUGGCAAAAGGCAUUGACUACUGCAACUGUUAUAUAGCACUUGAAGGAGGCUAUAAAUGCCUAACUUAUAACUAUGGGGAUCUGAGCUGAUCCACAUUGAGACUACUGAAUCGUCUUGAAUACCUGAAUGUUGAUAAAAGUAGAACCACACUGUUGUGUUUAUCAGUAAUCUAGUUAUUGUAACAUAACUGAUAAGAAGAGUUUACUUUUUUACCCAUGUUCUAAAGUGUUGGUACUAUUUAAGAACAAAUAUUUAAUUCACAAUUGUUUAUUCCAUAUAAAACAAAAGUAUGCAUGUUAAUUGCUAGUAAUUUGAACUAUGCAAAAACCUCUUGGUGCUUUUUUCCCCCUCACAGGGUAAAAACCCACUAGGAGGGCAGUUGUCAAGUGUCCUAUUUUUACUACUAACUUUGAACAUACCUUCUUGGAAGGUGUGGUCACCUAAAAAGUUACCAUUAUGGAAGAGUGCAUUAAUUUAAUAGACUCUUCUUCCUCCCACUAGAUAAUCUCAGUAUGUUGUGACCCUGAUUUUAUGAACACUUACACAUGUAUUUAGCUGUUACCCAGUUUUUGAGCUUUUAAAAUUCUAGCUUAUUUGCUGAAAGGCUCAGCAGCAUCAGAAGCCAGGCUAAUCAGGGGCUGAGAAGCUUGACAAAUAGCCUUGGCUUUAAAAGCAGAUUGUGGCCCUCGCCUAAGAACAUGAAUGUCUUAGCAGUGUUAAACUGAAAGUUCUUGAAAAAUAAGUCAUGUCACUGGUAUACUUUAAUCUCAAACUUUUUUCAUACCAGCUAGCAAUGCUACAUCAUUCCAUGAUAAGAAAUUACCUGUGGAUAUUUGUAUAGAAGUGUGAAAUAAAUUUUUUUUUUAAUUAAACAUUGUUUUGGUAAUAGUGAUUUCUUAUCAUAAUUAACUGAGGCAGCCAUAAGUCACUAGAAGAGUAAGCUGAAAGUUGCAAGCUUUAACAAAUUGUCUCAUUCUCAGUACUGCCAUGUCUCAGUGCCCUCCCCCAUGCAAAGGGGCAGAUAAGGCACCUGCAGGUGAUAACACAAUCUCACACUCACAGGCUGUCUGCUGCUUGCUGCAGUUUCCAGCAUUGGUAGAGUCAGGCACGGAGUCUGGCAGAGCAGGCUCUGGCAAAGCACAAAGUAUCAGCUCCUGUGGGGCAGAGCUACCCUCUCUCCCUCCACACUUCACUCAUGCUGCCCAGGGAAACCUUCAAUGCAAGCAGUCUUCUAAAAGCUCCCCUGCCAGAAGGUGUUUCUGUAACUAGGGGAGAUGGAUGUAUCCCCCAAAAUUAGUCAAGGAUUUCACAUACCUCUCUGUAUUUAGCAGUGGAAGUUUGAUACUGACAGUCAAUCACAUGAUUGCAGGGUAC